AUGUCGAUCGUUCCUGAAGAAGAAAAGAAAUCCGUCUCCAGGGAUCAAGCCGAAGCCGAGCCCAAGCUCUCCUCCCAAAUGAAGAGGAUUUUGUUCACUCAGAUAUGGUUCUUGGUUGAUGAAAUGGAGUCAGAACAUGAGAAUGAAAGACAAUGCUUUGUGGAGUUACUUCAAAGGAGCCUUGGAGAAUCAUUUGAGGAGGAGAAGGAAACUCUCUUCGCGCAAUAUGAACAAACAAGACAGAAGGAGAAGUCUGUUGCCGAUAAGAUUGCUCAACUGGAGGAAUACAUGACGAAGAAGGAAGAGGACGAUGCAGACUUCAACACUUCGUUGUAUACUCUUAUCUCAUAUCUACAAUGA